UAGCCAAUACAUCCUUAAGCUUUCGGUUCUUAGUUUUUCUUUUUAAUGUCAAAUCAGGCACCCUGCUUAGCGGACGGGGAUUGCGGCAUUAAGAAAACGAAGCCAGUCGAGGAUCCUAACGCCAGGCAGUAUCUGCAGUUGGCACUUGCCAGAGUGCUGGAGCUGCAACGAGAGAUCAAAGACGGAACGUAUACAACAGAUCAUACCAGCGAUCUCGGCGAGUCUAGCAGCGAGGAGGACCUUACGAAAGAAGUUCUUCGGAAGGUUUUCCAGAAUCUUCCCGGUACACCAGACUCGGUUAGUACGGUCAUCAACAGAGCGUCGAAGACCAGGAAUUCUCAGCUCGACGCAAUUCAUGGUAAACGGAUUCAGCUGCUGGGUUACGACACGUGUCGUAGAACUGCGGUGGAGUUUAUGAAGAAUGCGGUGCGCGAAACGAGGCAGCGAGACGCGAUGUCGUUGCAAACGUUUCAGUCGAAUUGCUCCGGUUUCCGCCUGGGGACCUAUUCGAGGAACGAACCACGAACGGCGUUACGUAGAACCGGUUUGUUGAAAAACUCUUCGCCUCGCGACCAAGAGAUUCGAGACAGAAUGCUGAAGAGCUUGGAUUUGCACUUAGCAAAUAAACAAAAGGAUUACACUGCCAAGCUAAUGAGAUCCGGUAUAUAGAUCGACCCAAUCGCAUCUCGACGGAGUCGGUUUUGAAUUCACGGUGGAUCUAUUUUCAUAUAUUCUAAUUUUACUCAGUAUUGCUUACACGUUAUAUUGAUUUUUGGUCGAUUUAUUUAUUGUCAAUAUUUAAUCUAGUCAGAUUUAUCGAGAGCUGUACCUGUCUCUUAUCUUAAUCAUUCUAGUCAUACGUACGAGCUAUCGAAAGCUGUGGCAAUGUAGUCUACAAUGAUAACUAUUUUUGUACGAUACAAGCGAUACACACGAGCUUACAAUGCGUAACUUGAAACCGAAUUUAAUUACGGCGACAGAAAAAAUUUAUUUUUAAUAGUUCAUGUGCUUGAAAAUUGUGAAUGUGAAUGGUUGUGAAUGGAAAUAUCAUAAUAUUUUGUAAAAAACGUUUAUUCAUGAUUUACAAUUAAAAAAAGAAAACAAAGACCUUUAAAAGUAUGUCUACGGUAAAACCUAAUUUCUAAAACACUACGCAAACUUCCAUUUCGUCUCUCUAAA